AGCUCUUCAGUCUUACCUAAUCCACAAGCCAAACAUACACAAACAUGGCGAUAUCACAAGCAGGCAAGAUGCAGAGCUCUCUUCGGUGGUCGUUAUAUUUAUCAAUACUCUGGGUUGCCGGAAUUUAUUCGUCGACCCUUCAUCUGCACGCGGAGCAGCACUACAUGCUGCCGCAAAACAGAGGAUUCUUUACAGUAGAAGCAAAUGAGGAUUUACCGGACAGAGAUGGAGGAGGCGCCGCGGCUCCAACGCUGCUUCUGGCCGCUCGUAGUGCCGCCGAAGGCGGGUCGGACUCCAGCGCCUAUCCGCAACAUCGAAGCCGUCGGAGCCCUGGUGAAUCGGCUAUGCCGAAGGUGUACGGGCAGGCCAACCUGAAUGACUCUCAUAACCAGAUGGUGGUCCACUGGGCUGGAGAGAAGAGCAACGUCAUUGUUGCCUUGGCUCGAGACAGCGCAGGAGCCACCGGGCCCAAAACCAGCUCUGUCUAUGUGUCCUAUGACUACGGGACCACUUUCACACUCGUCUCAGACAAGUUCCAACUUUCAGGGCUCAAGGCCAAGCAGAUCAUCUCCCAGUUCUACCACAGCCCUGCCGACAACAGGAGGUACCUUUUUGUGGACUCCACCAACAACUACCUGUGGAACACCUUUGACUUCUGUAAGAGCGUCCAGGGCUUCUCUCUGCCCUUCAAACCGACAGAUCUGCUGCUCCACAGCAGAAGAUCCAACCUGGUGCUCGGCUACGACAGCUCUCACCCAAACAAACAGCUGUGGAAAUCAGACGACUUUGGGGAGACAUGGGUGUUGAUCCAAGAGCACGUGAAGACCUACUUUUGGGGUGUGGAGCCCUUCGACCCCCCCACCAGAGUGCUGGUCCAGAGACAUGAGCCCCAGGGUGUCUCCACUAUACUCAGCAGCACCGACUUUUUCCAGAGUGAACAGAACCGCACGGUGAUCCUGGAGCAGGUGGACAGCUUCCAGCUCCGGGACAAGUACCUGUUCGCCACCACCACACGGAAACAGUUUGGCAGCCAUGAACCUUCGUCUGUUCAGCUCUGGGUCUCCUACAACCGCCAGCCAAUGAAAGCUGCCCAGUUUAUGACUCGACAUCCAAUUACAGAGUACUACAUAGCAGAUGCAUCCGAGGAUCAAGUGUUUGUGUGUGUGAACCACUUGAACAACGUCACACACCUCUACAUCUCAGACACACAGGGCCUGUCUUUCUCACUGUCACUGGAGAAUGUUCUGUACUACAGUCCUGAGGGAUCCAGCAGCAACACACUGAUCAGGUAUUUUGCCAAUGAGCCUUUUGCGGACCUGCACCGCGUGGAGGGGCUGCGAGGGGUCUUCAUCGCCACGCUCAUCAACGGCUCAGUUAGUGAGGACAACAUGCGAUCCGUCAUCACUUUUGACAAGGGGGGGACGUGGGAGCUGCUUCAGCCACCUGCUGCCGACAGCCUGGGAGGAACUGUGGACUGCCAGCUUGGGAAAGGUUGCUCCCUCCACCUUGCCCAGCGCUGGAGCCAGCUGUUCAACAUCCAGCUGAGGAGAAUGCCAAUUUUAUCCAAGGACUCUGCCCCAGGACUCAUCAUGGCGACAGGAUCUGUAGGCAGGAACUUGGCCAACAAGCCUAAUGUGUAUGUGUCCAGCAGCGCCGGAGCUCGCUGGAGAGAGGCACUGGCAGGGCCUCAUUUCUACACAUGGGGUGACCAUGGGGGUAUCCUGAUGGCUAUUGCACAAGGAGGCGCCGCCACACACCUCAAGUUCAGCACCAAUGAAGGCGAGACGUGGACCGACUUUCAGUUCUCAGACAGGGAGGUGUAUGUUUACCAGCUGUUGACUGAGCCCGGGGAGAAGAGCACCAUCUUCACCAUCUUCGGCUCCUAUGCCGACCAGAGGCACAGCUGGCUCAUCCUGCAGGUCAACACCUCCGAAGUUUUGGGUGUGCCGUGUUCUGACGCUGACUACAAGCGCUGGUCACCGUCAGAUGAGCACGGUAACGAGUGUCUGUUGGGCAGAGAGGUAACGUUUAAAAGGCGUGCUCCCCACGCUACAUGUUUUAACGGAGAGGACUUCGACCGCCCCGUCACCAUCUCUAACUGCUCCUGCACACGCCAGGACUACGAAUGUGACUACGGCUUCAAGCUGAGUGAAGACUUGUCUUUGCAGGUGUGUGUGCCUGACCCUGAGUUCUCAGGUGAUCUCUAUGCCCCUCCAGUGCCAUGUCCCGUCGGUACCACCUACCGUCGCAGCAAAGGCUACAGGAAGGUACCAGGCGACAGCUGUAGUGGAGGAGAUGUGGAGUCCAGGCUGGAUGGGGAGAUGCUGCCUUGUCCUGUCGGAGAGAGUAACGAGUUCAUCCUGUACGCGGUGAGGAACUCCAUCCAUCGCUACGACCUGGCCACAGGCACAGACCAGGCCCUGCCUCUGGUUGGCCUCAGGGAGGCUGUUGCUCUAGACUUUGACUAUGACAGGAACUGCCUGUACUGGGCUGACAUCUCACUGGACACCAUACAGCGUUUGUGUCUGAACGGCAGUACAGGUCAGGAGGUUGUAGUGAGGAAAGAUCUGCAGAACGUGGAGGCUCUGACCUUUGACCCCAUCAGUAGAUUGUUGUACUGGGUUGACGCUGGAGCACAGAAGAUUGAGGUGUCUAACCCUGACGGUGACUUGCGUCACACUCUGCUCAACUCCUCUAUCCUGGAGCAUCCCAGAGCUCUGGUUCUGCUGCCUGGAGAGAGUCUGAUGUUCUGGACUGACUGGGGGGACCGAGCGGCAGGUCUUUACCGAAGCUAUAUGGAUGGAACCAAUGUGUCCUGCAUUGUGUCAGAGGGCGUUCGCUGGCCCAAUGGGAUCACAGCCGACGACCACUGGCUGUACUGGACCGAAGCUUACAGCGACCGCAUCGAGAGGGCUGACUUCACCGGUGGCCAGAGGAGCGUUCUGAUGGAGGGGCUCCCCCAUCCGUAUGCCAUCGCUGUCUUCAAGAAUGACCUGUACUGGGAUGACUGGUCCAGAAUGGGGAUCUUCAAAGCUCCAAAAGCUGGUGCCCAGAGCAAUGAGCUGAUCGUUGGCAGACUAACUGGAGUCAUGGACCUCAAGAUCUUCUAUAAGGGGAAGAGCAGAGGCCAUAAUGCCUGUGCUGAUCAGCCGUGCAGCCUGCUUUGUCUGCCUCAGCCCGGUCACCGACACACCUGUGUCUGCCCAGACGGUGCCCCGACUGUAACCAUGCCCAACGGAGAGCUGCAGUGCCAGUGUCCAACCGGAUAUCAGCUCCAAAACAACACCUGCGUCAAGACUGUGCACAGUUGUUUGCCCAACCAGUACCGCUGCUCCAACGGCCGCUGCAUCAGCAGCAUCUGGAAGUGUGACAGCGACAAUGACUGUGGAGACAUGAGUGAUGAACAGGAGUGUCCCACUACGACCUGUGACCCGUCCAACCAGUUUCGCUGCAUGGCCUCAGGUUCCUGCAUUCCCUUGGCCUUCAAAUGUGACCACGAAGACGACUGUGGAGACAACAGUGAUGAAGAGCACUGUGAGUCUCACCAGUGUGGCCCAGGAGAGUUUACAUGUGCGCGAGGUGUUUGUAUCCGCGAGGCAUGGCGCUGUGACGGAGACAAUGACUGCAGAGACUGGUCGGACGAAGCCAACUGCACAGUGGGCCACCACACGUGUGAGGCCAGUAGCUUCCAGUGUCGCACGGGUCACUGUAUACCACAGCGCUGGAUGUGUGACGGUGAUGACGACUGCCAGGAUGACUCGGACGAAGACCCCCAACAUUGUCAGGGAACUCGGUGUAAUGGCUUCCUCUGCUCCAAUCACACCUGCCUUCCAGCCACUGCACACUGCAACGGCAUCCAGGAGUGUUCAGAUGGCGCUGAUGAGCACAACUGUGACCCACUGUGUACUCGCUACAUGGAGUUUGUAUGCAAGAACCGAGCCCAGUGUCUGUUUCAGUCCCUGGUUUGUGACGGGAUCAAACACUGUGAAGACGGAUCUGACGAGGAUGCCGACUAUGCUGGAUGUGCCACGCCAUCCGAGUUUGGCAAAGUGUGUGAUGCCUACACCUUCCAGUGUGCCAACGGAGUGUGUGUGAGCCUGGAGUGGAAGUGUGAUGGCAUGGACGACUGUGGGGAUUAUUCUGAUGAAGCAAACUGUGCUGCUCCCACUGAGGUCCCAGGCUGCUCCAGGUAUUUCCAGUUUGAGUGUAGAAAUGGACGCUGUAUUCCAACAUGGUGGAAGUGUGAUGGAGAGAACGACUGUGGGGACUGGUCUGAUGAGGCCCAGUGUACAGGUGGUGGUACUCCUCACACUGUAGCCCCUGGUCCCUCUACAUGUGCCCCCAACCGCUUCCACUGUGGCUCUGGAGCGUGCAUCAUCAACACCUGGGUGUGUGACGGCUACGCUGACUGUCCUGAUGGCAGCGAUGAGCUGGGAUGUCCCACAGCAGCUAAUGGCUCUGUGACAAUGGCUCCAGUACCCACCCAGGCCCCGCCCUCCCCUGCACGUUGCAGUCGAGGUCAGUUCCUCUGCCACCGACCCCCCCACUGCAUCCCCGACUGGCAGCGCUGUGAUGGCCGGCUCCACUGCCAGGACGGCUCUGAUGAAACCCACUGCCCCACUCGUGGGCCUUUGUUUUGUGUUAAUGGGACUCGCUGUUCUGAUGGUGAAGCCUGCCUACUGGACAGCGAGCGAUGUGAUGGCUUCCUGGACUGCUCCGACCACAGCGACGAGGACAACUGCACCCUGGAUUCGCUGGCCUAUAAAGUCCAGAACCUCCAGUGGACCCCAGACUUCUUGGGUGCCAUCACCCUGACAUGGUCUCGCCCCAAAAACCUUCCUCUGGACUCUUGCUACUUCCUCAUAUACUACAGGCUCGUGGGCACCCAGCAGUGGACCAUUAUGGACACUCACAGCAACAAGACCAGCUACAAACUGACCGUGCUGAAACCAGACACAACCUACCACGUCAAGGUGCUCACUCAGUGUCUCAGCAAGCUGCAUAAGACCAACGAGGUGAUCACAGUCAGGACACCAGAGGGCUUGCCCGACCCACCCAGGAACCUGCAGCUGUCUUGUGAUAAUGGUGAGGAUGGGACAGUGGACAUUUCCUGGAGCCCUCCUGACAAAGGACAUGGCCUCAUCAGAGAGUACAUUGUUGAGUACAGUGAGCGAGGAAGUCUCGAUUGGACGUCACAGAGAUGUGCAACAACCAACACCGAGGUGAAGGAGCUGCAGCCAGAUACACUGUACAGGUUCAGGGUGUCAGCAGUGACCAGUCGAGGUGUGGGCAACUGGACCGAGGUUAAAUCCAUCACCCCUAAGAAAGCCCUGCCCCCACCCUCUGUGAUCGCUGACAGCAUCACAGCCGACUCCAUGAGCCUUUCAUUCAGCUUCAACUCCCAGUAUGACGUGAAACAAUACAUAGUGAUUCUGUCCUGGCAGUUCGACACCCACGUCAAGGAAAGUAGGAACUACACAGUCACAGAAAGGAUCCUUAAAGCUACAAACCUAACAGCAGGGACAGUGUAUGAGGUGGCUGUAUGGGCUCACACUAGUAUAGGAGACAGUCCCACCGCCCUGUCCCAUCAUCAGACCACCGGCACCCAGCCAGACCGGCCCCUCCUUAAAGCCCGGGCCCUCAACCAGACAGCUGUGGACUGCAGCUGGACCAUCAGCAAAUCCCCUGCUCAGGUGUAUGGUGUGUUUUAUGCCACCUCCUUCCUGGACUUGUACCGCAGCCCUCGCCUGGCCUCCACCACUUCUCUCAGCCUGACAGUCACAGUAGACAGUGAUGAACAGUAUCUCUUCCUGGUGCGUGCUGUCUCUCCCUUCCUGGGUCCUCCCUCUGACUACGCCGUGGUGAAAAUGAUUCCCAACGAGAGGCUGCCACCAAGGAACCUACAUCGUGUUCGAGUAGACAAGACACAGGCCAUGCUGAAGUGGCAGCCGCCCUACGACGCCCCAAACACAGCUCUGACAUAUGCAAUACAUGUGCGGGACGUAAUCCGCAAGGUGGAGCGGGACUACAAGCUGACCACCCAAAACAACACGGUGGAGUAUCUGCUGAAAGGCCUGGAGCCCGGAGGAAGAUACAGCAUCUCUGUCCGCCUGCGCAACAUGAGCAAAGAGGCCAGCUUUACUCUCAGCACAGUUCCUCUUCCAGCUCCUGAAGCCCUGAAAAUCUUGACAGAGAAAGAUCAUGUGUUCCUCUUCUGGAAGAGUCUGGCUGUCAGAGAGAAGGGCUUCAAUGAGAGCAGGGGCUAUGAAGUGCAUGUGUAUGACAGUGUAACCAACCAGACGUCCUACCUGGGAAACACCACAGAGAACUAUUUCCGCAUCAACACCCUGCUGUUGGGACACAACUACACUUUCUCUGUGCAAGCCCGCUGCCUGCUCAGCGGUCAGCUGUGUGGGGAACCUGCACAACUGCUCUAUAACCAGAUGACAGCCGGGGCCAGUGAUGCCUCCCGCGGUGAGGGCCACUCAGGAGACAUGGCGGCGGUGGUGGUCCCGGUCCUCUUUCUGUUGCUACUGGGGGUGGGCGGCGGCUUGGUGGCGCUCUACGUCAGACACCGCCGACUGCAAAACAAUUUUACCGCCUUUGCAAACUCCCAUUACAACUCCCGUCUGGGCUCAGCCAUCUUCUCCUCGGGGGAUGAACUGGGUGAUGAUGAUGAAGAUGCUCCCAUGAUCAGUGGCUUCUCAGACGACGUUCCCAUGGUCAUCGCGUAGCAAGACGUCCCUCCAUUACCUAUUUCUCUCUUCCCUUCUCCCCUUUUCUUCUUUAUUCCCCAUCACUUCCCAUCAGUGGCGCGGUACGAUGGAGUGAAGGUGAAACAGGUGGAAACUUUGCCAUUUCUGAAUACGUUGAUAGCCACCCCGAUUAGCAGGAAACAUGAAGAAAAAUGGAAAAGCGUAAAGAGAGAUAGAGAUAUUUUUCAAAUAUACAAUGCACUUUUUUUGGAUGCGCAAUAACUUAUUUUUUAUAAUAUGAAAUAUAUAUAUAUAUAUAUGGGGUCAAAAAAGGACUGUGAGAAAAAGGGUGGACACUGAAGCAAACUGUGAAGGAUUUGAGUUUCUCGAGCACGCCAGGGAAAGAGAGACCCUAUUUGUAAUGCAAACUCAGUAUCCAUAGGUGCGGUUCAUUGCUUAAAGCCAAAUCAAGCAUCCAGAGACUGGGGUAUAGAAUGCAAAAACACACGUAGGAAAAAAAUACAGAUGUAUAGACAAAUUCUGUAUA